UGUACGUACAAUUUGCGACACUUUCGCAAUUCAUUUUCAGUAGAAAAUGUACAUGCAACAUAGGCAACUAAAAGGAACAGACCUAAAAGAUGCAAAAUGACAUAUAUUUGCAAUGUCGAGUUAGAUGUAGAUACAAUAUAAGCAAGGUUGAAUGAAUUAUAUAUGUGAUCUCACGUUUUGACAUAUAAGAGACAUUCGUGUUAUGUAUACAUUUUUGACAGAUCAGAUGAGGAGAAGCAUUUCGUGUGAACCUUUCUCGUCGAGACGAGUAACAAUCCGUUACACAUGAUGUUAAAGCUGAAUAAAUUCAUGUGUAAGAUUACACGCGGAUUCGUGCAAUGUGCGUGUGUGACAUACUGUGUGUACGAAUAUGUAGGAGAUAUCGUUGUGUGCAAUGGUCCAUCCAUGGAACCUACGUUGUAUACUAAUGAUGUAUUAAUUAUGGAACGAAUAUCGGUUAGAUUACAAAGGCUCAAAAAAGGCGACAUUGUUAUUUCUAAAUGUCCUACCAAUCCGAAACAAAAUAUAUGCAAGCGAAUUGUAGGCUUGCCUGGCGACAAGAUAAGGAAUGGUCUGAAUAUAACGACGGUACCUUAUGGAUAUGUUUGGUUAGAAGGUGAUAACAGUAAUAAUUCUACAGAUUCAAGAGUAUAUGGACCAGUACCUCAUGCAUUGUUACGUGGACGAGCUUUAUGUAAAAUAUUUCCCUUGAGAGAGAUAACUAUGUUUACAACAAAAUGCGUAACCUAAAUUAAUUAUAUAUUAGAGAUAUAUUUUCAUCAAGUAAGAAUUAUGGAAAAAUAAUCAUGGAACAAUUCUUAGGUUAGUUUAAGUUAACUUAGAGUAAGAGAAAACAAAGUUCUUUACAUAUGUUUAUGUAUUAGAUUUAUGUAAUGUUAUAUACAGAUUUGAGGUGUGUA